CUCGACCGCGCUCGGGUCCACAGCUCUAUGGGGAAAGCGGCCGCUCUGAGCCGAGGCGGCGGCUGCGCUGGCCGCUCCCGCGGGCUGUCGUCGCUGUUCACGGUUGUCCCCUGCCUGUCCUGCCACACGGCGGCGCCGGGCAUGAGCUCGUCUACAUCCGGCUCAGGGCCGGAGCCCAAGCCCCAGCUCCAGCCUGUGCAGGCACCAGAGCGGGAGUUGCUGUCCGAACAGGUGUGCAAGCCAGUUUUUGAACCGGUGCCGAGAUCUGAACCCGGGCCCCAGACGACGUCUGAGCCAGGGCCCUCGGGGGCUGGGCAGGAAUCGGAGCUACAGGAUUUAUGGCUGGAGUCAGAGGCGGGCCCAAGAGCAGGUGCUGGGCCCUUCACCAAAAUCUCAUCGGAGGAGCUAACCUCUCUGGGGUCAACUGUAGGCAACGCGCCCCUGGCCAAGCCUGAGCCCAGGUCGGUGUCCAAGCCCCAGCCGCUUCAGCGACCAGGACAGGCGAAGACUUCUGUCGGGAGUCCAGUUUCAGGGGCUGGUGUCCCAAUGGUCGCACCACCUCUGGACAGCUACAAGGGCUGGCUCCUCAAGUGGACUAAUUACCUGAAAGGCUACCAGCGCCGCUGGUUCGUGCUGGGCAAUGGCCUGCUGUCCUACUACAGAAACCAGGGUGAAAUGGCCCACACCUGCCGUGGAACCAUCAACCUGGCCUCCGCACACAUCGACACAGAGGACUCUUGUGGAAUCUUGCUAUGCAACGGAGCGAGGACCUACCACCUCAAGGCCAGCUCUGAGGUGGAGCGGCAGCAGUGGAUCACCGUUCUGGAGCUGGCCAAGGCCAAGGCUAUCCGAGUGAUGAAAACUCAGUCAGAUGAUUCCGGGGAUGACGACGAAGAGCCUGCCGCCCCAGGUGACAAGAGUGAGCUCCACCACACCCUUAAGAACCUCUCAUUGAAGUUAAAUGACCUCAGCACAUGCAAUGACCUCAUUGCUAAGCAUGGCGCCGCGCUCCAGCGCUCCCUGAACGAGCUGGACAGCCUCAAGAUCCCAUCGGAGAGCGGGGAGAAGCUGAAGGCUGUGAACGAGCGGGCCACCCUCUUCCGCAUCACCUCAAAUGCUAUGAUCAACGCCUGCAAGGACUUUCUGGAACUAGCGGAGAUUCACAGCCGGAGAUGGCAGAAGGCUCUGAAUUAUGAGCAGGAGCAGCGCGCCCACCUGGAGGAGACCAUUGAGCAGCUCGCCAAACAGCAUAACAGCCUUGAGAGAGCCGUUUGCAACACCCCCGGCGGGCCGGUGGACCCCAGCAAGAGCCUCAGUGAGGGAAGCUUCCUGACCUCCAAAGGAGAGAACAGUGAAGAAGAUGAAGAUACUGAGUACUUCGAUGCCAUGGAGGACUCUGCAUCUUUCAUCACUGUAAUCACCGAGUCCAAGGAAGACAGAAAAGCCGAGGGUGGAACUGGGUCAACCUCUGUGGACUGGACCCCAGCAGAUAAUCAGGUGUUAGAUGGUGCCUCCUUUGUGCCCAAGGAUUCAUGCAAAGUUAAACGGCGGGCCCGCAUCCCUGAUAAGCCCAACUACAGCCUUAACCUCUGGAGCAUCAUGAAGAACUGCAUCGGCCGGGAGCUCUCCCGGAUCCCCAUGCCGGUGAACUUCAAUGAGCCCUUGUCCAUGCUCCAGCGACUCACCGAGGACCUGGAGUACCACCACCUACUGGACAAGGCGGUGCACUGCACUAGCUCGGUGGAGCAGAUGUGCCUGGUGGCCGCCUUCUCCGUCUCCUCCUACUCCACCACGGUGCACCGCAUCGCCAAGCCCUUCAACCCGAUGCUGGGGGAGACCUUUGAGUUGGACCGCCUGGAGGACAUGGGCCUGCGCUCCCUCUGUGAGCAGGUGAGCCACCACCCCCCAUCUGCUGCCCACCACGUGUUCUCUAAGCAUGGCUGGAGCCUCUGGCAGGAAAUCACCAUCGCCAGCAAGUUCCGGGGGAAAUACAUCUCCAUCAUGCCACUUGGUGCCAUCCACUUAGAAUUCCAGGCCAGUGGCAAUCACUACGUGUGGAGGAAGAGUACCUCGACUGUGCACAACAUCAUCGUGGGCAAGCUCUGGAUUGACCAGUCAGGGGACAUUGAGAUUGUGAACCAUAAGACCAAGGACCGGUGCCAGCUGAAGUUCGUGCCCUACAGCUACUUCUCCAAAGAAGCAGCCCGAAAGGUGACUGGAGUGGUGAGUGAUGGUAAUGGCAAGGCCCACUACGUGCUGUCAGGCUCCUGGGACGAGCAGAUGGAGUACUCUAAGAUCGUGCACAGCAGCCCCAGCUCUGAUGGGAAGCAAAAAACCGUCUACCAGACGCUGCCUGCCAAGCUGCUAUGGAGGAAAUACCCACUGCCGGAGAACGCGGAGAACAUGUACUAUUUCUCGGAGCUGGCCCUGACCCUCAACGAGCAGGAGGACGGUGUAGCGCCCACCGACAGCCGCCUGCGGCCCGACCAGCGACUGAUGGAGAAGGGGCGCUGGGACGAGGCCAACACUGAGAAGCAGCGGCUGGAGGAGAAGCAGCGCCUAUCCCGCCGACGGCGGCUGGAGACGUGCGCAGCGAGCUGCGGCGGCGAGGAUGAGAAGGAGUCAGACUGCUAUACGCCGCUGUGGUUCGAGAAGAGGCUGGACCCGCUGACCGGGGAGAUGGCCUGCAUGUACAAGGGCGGCUACUGGGAGGCCAAGGAGAAGAAGGACUGGCACAUGUGCCCCAACAUCUUCUGAGCCACUCCUGCGGCAAAUACAGCGCCUGCACAGCCCUCGGCCUGUUCUUUAAUGCACCCAAUUUAGUACUGAACCACACCUGUGCACACGGGCACACACACACACACACACACACACACACACACACACACACUCCUUUUUCCUAAAGGGGGCUCCCACCUUAGAAGGAGUAAGGGCUGACCUGGGUUUUCUCCAGCCCCCAGGUCGCCAGCCCGUUAUCGUUGACUUGGGCCCCAUGGGCACCCUAGUUCCCGGUUACCACACCUCAGGCUGGCCGCCUGGGCCAUGGGCUGCUCAGGUCACUAACCCCAACCCAGGGAGAAACUACCCCCUCCUAGGGAGCCUCUUUUGACUUUUUUAAGAAAAGAAAAAAAACAAAAACAAAACAACAACAAAAACAACUCCCAUUUCUUUCUAACGAUGAGGUUUAGUAACUUUUUAGCACAUCACUUAGAAGACUUGCUUUCCAAGUGUGCGUUCUUGCCACAAAACUGUCCUGGCAAGAAACGCUCUUCUAAAGACAUAAGGAAGCCAGGCCCCUUUGAGUGGGGAGCACUUCUAACAGCUAGGUUUUGUAUCUGGCUGUCCAAGUUCCAGGAGUUCAAAUGCACAGAGACCGUGGGAAGCCCGCCUGACCUCCACAGGUGGGGGGCUCCCUGGAGGGACGACCCACGAUGUGAGCAGGGAGGCAGUUGAAGGCUGCCCCCAAGUGGGCAGACAGCAGCAGCCCCUGCCAGGCCUUGGCCAUGCUGGGACAGUGCCCCAGCCCCCAGAAGGCCAAGAAGGGCUGAAAGGCAGGGCCCCCAAAUCAGCAAUAAGGAACAAACCCUUCACUUAGCCUGGGCUGGUGACCCAGGCUCCAGACACCUGGCCUCUCGCCUUGUCCUUAGGCAUCAGGGGUGCCUCAUCUCAGCACUCCUGACAUCUUUAUUUGCCUAAUUUAUAUAUAUGAUAUAUAAAUAUAUAUAAAAUAGCUAUUUUGCUUAAAUUUCUAUGAUAUGUGAAAGUGAAAAAUGAUGAAGACAGGGUGUGCCUGUCUGAGUUUGGCUCCUGUUGGCUGUGCCCCGCCCUCCCCUUGUACCCCUUCCAGUGGCUCCUGCCAACCUUGGAAAUGAAACAUGUGACCCUCAGACCCUCUGACUCUAACCUGUCCCUUCAGUUUGGUCUGGAAAGGUAAUUGCAAGGCCUUUCUUUCUACUCCAGGGCUGGUUUUUUAUUAAAAAAGAAAAAAAUGAAAA